AUGUCUUACCACCGAGCAUCGUCACCAGGGAGCCGUCGUCUGGCUCAUCCAGCGCGCUUGUCCGACGGCUACUAUCCUCCUUCGACAUUCGCCGCCUAUGCUUCACCCAGGUCUAGUGGUGAACGUGUUGUGCCCAUCUCGACGACCACUUUCGUCACACGAGACGGCUACUCGGGCAGACCCCGUCGCUCCACCUUGACCGACCCCUCGCGUCCGGCUCCCAUUCCCUCCACCACCAACACCGCCCUCCCCGUCCACCCUGUCCACCCACGCAGCCGGCCUGCCGUCAUCCAAUCCUCGCACGAUCGUCCCCAUAGUCCCUCGAGCCCGCAUGCCUAUUCCACUUCGACUCGCACUCCCGACUACUAUGCCGUCCCUGCAACUUCGCACAAAGACCAUUCGCACAAGAAGGUAUACAGUAUCGAUGGCGGCGGCAAAUCUCGUCUUGUUGCCAACAUAGACAUCAACACAAGCCAUGGCAGCUCCCACAGGCGCAAUAGCGUCGAUCGCAACUCCGACCGCCAUUCCUCGUCGCACCACCGACACAAGGGCUACCAUCUCAGUGGCCCGUCGACCAGAAAANNCCCCGAGAACGACCAAGGCUUCUCGUACACAGAUCCCGCCGCCAUGUAUAGAGAGACCGAGCCCCGCUGGCGACACCGUGCUGGUAGCGUCGAGGCAACUCGGCCCAGACCUACCAGUGCGCUAGUCGAACAAUACCCUCCUCGCUCGUCAGCAAGAGACCUUGGCCCACCUACAUCGCGUGCUCUCGACAAGUUCAACGACGGCGCCGGUCGCAUCAACAGCACACGAGAACCUCCGCGAUCCUCCAAUAGACCGUCUUACCAAGACCCCCAAUACAACGACGGCUAUACUUCCUCUUCUGGCCGUCACUCUACUGCUGUGCACCAAGACCGUACACACGAUGCCUAUCCAAGAGAAGCCGAGCGCGCUCGUCCAAUGCACCGCUACGAGGAUCCUAGUGUCGAGCGUCGAGGCUUCGGCAUUCGCAGUGGCAGUCAAGAUAGACACAACCACAACCAAAACAUGAAUAAGGGCAGCAGCGAGAGCUUUGAUGCCUACUACUCGGACCGCGACCGAGAUUACCUCCCGCCUCGCAGCAAUCCUCGCGCCUACGAUUAUCCAAAAGAGUCUGAUCGGGACCGGGAGUACCGUCCAAGAGACAAGGACAGGUUGCGAGAUGAUGGUUAUGCCUCGGAGAGAGACCGACAUCAUGANAAAGACCGCCGGCCCCAUAAUCGCAGAGACCGUGAUCGAGAUGUCACUCCGAGAGGCAGCGGUGAUAGUCUCACGAACACUAUUCUACCCGCUGCCGCUACUGCUGUUGGUGCCAUGGCUGCUGCUGCCUAUGGUUCAGAUACCGCUGCUAAUGGUCGAGAUCGCGAGUACGAAGAACGAGAUCGAGCAAGAGACAGGGAGAAGGACAGGAAUCGCGAACAGCGCGAACGUGAUCAAGAGUACGAGCGAAAACAGCGCGAGCGCGAAAGGCGUGAGUACGAAAGGGAACGUGACAGAGACGUGGAGAGAGAGGGUGAAAAAGAAAGAGACAGGAUUUACGAUCGCGAGACACGUACUCGUGAAAGGCCUCGAGAGAAGGAAAGAGAUAGGGCCAGGCACUCUUCGUCCUCUGAUAGCGGUCAGGACAGACACAGGAGCUCAAGGCGACACCGCACGCUCGGGGCUGACAGAUCUCCUCCGCAAGAGAAAGAUGCUAGACUUGGGGCUGAUGACCGACAGCACGUCCCAGAGCCUGAUCACACACAUCCGUCCGACGAGCGUCAACGUGUUUCUGAACGCGAACGUCCUGCUCUUGCUGAUCCAGCAGAGGUUGAUCCUGAUGAAGAUUAUCGUCGCCGCAUCGAGCAGGCACAAAGAGACCUGCAAGGCUCGCACGACAACGCAGACUCGGACAGAGGAAAAGGCACGAACGGAACCGAGCCUGUUGCUAGCAGGGCCGCUCCUCCUGCCCCGGCAGCCGCCGUCGACUACCCUGAGAGCAGAGACCACCGGGUACGCAUCGUUGAGCCUCCAUCUGACAGAGAGGAUUCUCAGCCAAUCAGGGGUAUUCUGAAGAGGCCCACACAGAAGUUCCCUGAAGAUCCGAACCCUAUGCGUGAAGGUGUCAAACCACUGAAAGAGCUAACGUGUCUANNAGAAGCCCGCUCAUAUGACGAUGAAGAUCGCGAACGCCAUGAACGACGCGAGAACCGUCGUCGUGAACGCGAACGCGAACGACGCGAAAGAGACGAAUAUGAAGAUGAUGACAGUGAAGACGAAUAUGCUCCUCGAGCACCACGCAUGCUUGAAGCUCCUAUCAACGGGCAGGAACCCACGGCAGAUUUUGUACGCGACCGAGAGCGACGCAGAGAGCGUGAGCAGGAAACCGCUUAUGCUCCACGCGCAAUCUAG